UGUAGGGUUUGUAGCUUCCUAAACCACCCUUUUUUCUUUCCUUCUCUCUCUCUCACUCUACCACCUCAUACUCAAUUCCUAUAUUAUUGUUUCUUUGCUUGUUGAUGUAGAAAUGAGAGACAGAAUGGAAAGGCUUGUUCUCCUUCCUUUCUCCUUUGGUUGUGUCUCUGAGUCAAGUGUGGCCAUCGGCGUACACCAACCUCGAAGAGCAAAGACAGACACAAACUUAUCCGCAACAAGAACAAAAGAGGAAGACGAGGAAAGCUCAUCAAGUGCAGAAAGUAUGAAGACCUCGUUGAAGUUCCUUGCUCUUUCAAAGCCUAACAUAUCCACUGGGUUGCAUAGGCUAAUCAAGGGUUUCAAGAACUUCUCUCAAUUAUUUGCGUACAAAGAAGAGAUCGAAGAAUUUGAAAUGGAAAUGGAAAUUGGGUUGCCAACAGAUGUGAAGCAUGUAACACACAUAGGGUGGGAUGCCUCAGCACCAACUACCAACCCCGUUCACGGCUGGGACAAUCUCAUUUCUCCUGAGCUGCUUCACCUUCAAUCUGGAAUUUCAAGGCAGUUUGAGCUUGCCAUGGCAGCACAGGCUAAUUCACCUCUUGUUGGGGCUUCCUGUGCUUAGUCCAAAGAUGGCUCCAUAUAUAGAUGAUAGUGGAUGUAUUUUUGACCAAUUGUGAUGUUGGUCGAUACAAUAGAUUGAAGGAUUUAUAUUUAAA